AUGGAAGCUCCUCUUCCCGAGGCCAAACCUGAGCCUGAGAGCGCCCCACUUCAGGCGCCGAUCCCGUCCAUCAUCCCCUCAGAGGAGCCCCAAUUCUUUAUUCCCGAAGACUCCAAACCCUCAUCCACCCCCCCGGAAGAAGCGACCGAACCCCAGGAGCCAAUCACCCCUGAUGCUGAACCCCAGGACCACCCUCCCGAGCGCAAAACUUCGAUGAUUCCAAAACACCUGGCGGCGCUGCGCGACCCCCCCAGAAGCUCCAAACCCCUCACACCGCUCCAGGAGCUCUUGGCCGUGGUCAACAGCACGGUAGAAAACGACUCGCAAGGGGGGGCAACCUCUGAGCCAGAGUCCCAGCCCCCCGUUCAAGAGUCCAUCCCCUUGAAGAAGCCUCUGAAGCCACUUGCGCGCCUGAAGCAGGGCGUGGAACAGUGCCAGAAGCUCGCUCCAGGGGGGAAGCAGAAACUUCUAGGGGGGUUGCAGAAGAAGACCAAGGGGCAAGCUUUUGCCCCCAAUCUGAAGAAGACAAAGAAGGGUAUGUUUAAGGGAGGGCUCAAAAGGACCAAGGCAGUGCUACCUGAGGGGGUUGACGUGGCCCCUGGUGGGGGGGUGCAGAUUGCCUUGGGGGAUGCGCCCAAGACCCCCCUGAAAAAAGAGACGGCGGCAGAGAUGAAGAAGCGGGUUUCACAGGUGGCGGCGCUGCUUGGGCGGGAGGAGACCCCUGAGGAGAAGCGGAGCCACAAGAAGAAGAUUCCGCUGAUCAACAUCGGGGAGCGCAUCCUGAUUUAUUGGCCCAUGGACGGGGUCUUCUACUCAGGCAAGGUGGUCGAGCACGUGGUUGCAAAGCACCGCUACACGGUCCUGUAUGACGACAACGAGAUGGAAGUCCUGGACCUGUCCAAGGAGAUCUGGCGCCCCGGAACGCUCGACCCCAAAAAGGAGCGCAUGCCCGGCGAAGGGAUUCCCCCGCCCGAGCUGGGCCUGCCGUCCGAGGGCGACAUUCCUCACUACAUGCCCCCCCGGAAACGCCGCCGGUUCGAGAAAAUGAAGAAGUGGGGGGGGCAGACGAAGGGGCCGAAAGAUGCGAAGGCAGAGGGGGUGAUGAAGAAACGGCGGAAGAAGAUGAAGGUUCCAGAGUCCGGGGGAGAAGCGUUGGGGGCUUCGGACGAGGGGGCGGCGAGCGUUCAGGAGAUGGGGGCGAUUGAGGCGCUCCUUGGGGUGGCUGGGAACCGGUUUGGUGGGAACACGCCCACGUUUGGUGCGCCCAGUGGGAAUGGGCUCGGGAGGCGCGACUCGGAGGAGAGGGGGCCGAUUUUCAUCGGGCUGAAACGGAAGCGGAGCAAGAAGGGGGAGGGGAAACUGAUCCGGUUAGCAGCCACUUUGGACCGGACCGCAAACGGGGGGUACUUCCCGGGACAUUCCAACGGGUGGACGAGUCCGAAGGGGGGCUUCCGAACCGGGGGUUUCUUGGUCCCCUCGAGCGAGCCCGCCCGACCGCCCAGAGAUGUGGGCGCGAAUUUGUCGGAUGUGUCCGACGUCAAACGCCCCCAGGAGCUCAACACGCAUCACGAUAAAUUGAGCGAACAGGGGCAGAACCAGGGGUUCAUGUCAAACGGCGCUCACCCGGACGCUAACCCUCUGACCGCAGACCCAGUCCUGUCCGGGGGAAAGCCAGGUGUGAACGGGGGACCCGUGCCCCUUCCCCCGGAGAUCCAGCAGAUUCUGAGCGACUUUGAGAAGAAGAAGAUGGAGAAAGAGGAGGGGAACAAGGGGAAGGCCGGCGGGCCGGGCAAACGGGGGGGCCACAAGCGCAAGCGGAAGUUUACGCCCAAGCCCAAGGGGAGCACGAGCCGCCACGUGGCGAAAGCGCAGCCGUUGGUGCGGAAGCGCAGCUUUGGGGAGACACAGUUUGUGGAGCUGGCGUGCGGGGGAGCCCUGCUGGUGAGCGCUGCAGAGACGGACGGGGCCGGGCCACGGGUGGCAAAAGCCGGGGGGGAGAUGGAAGUGGAGAAAGUGGGGGGGGAAACGAUGAAGGCCGAAGAGAAGAUGCCGGAGAAAGUGCGGACUGGCUCGCGGCUGAUGAGGUCAGCGGCGGUGGUCGCGCAGAGGCGGAUCGAGGCGACGGCGGGCGGGACGAUUGCGCCUGCGGAGGUGGAAGCCUACAGGAGGGGCGGCAUCGAGCUCCCCCGGAAGCGCAACAAGCGCGAGUCGGCCCCCCAUCCUAGUUACAACACUCCCCCUGGCAGCGUCCCCGCUAGCGUGCCCGACCCCACUCUCCAAACCCCCAAAACUGAGCCCCCCGUCGCCGCAGACCCCCCAAACCCCCCUGCGUCGAGGCGCCUCUGGUGGAAAGACGUGUAUGGAGGGCAGAACCGUAAACCCGCUAACCCGCCGGAGGAUGCCCUUAGCGAGCAGAUUCCUAAACUCUCUAACACCGCGGAAGAUGCUCCAGGGGGGCAAACCCCUGCGGCUUUUAGCCCAGUGGAAGAUGAAACGAAGCCGAAGGAGGGGGUCGGGGAGACGAAGGAGGGGCCAGGGUUUGUCAGGCGGCCCGGUUUGGAGGUCCGCUUGGGGAGCGGGGAGAAGGAUCCGUGCCUCGAGAACGGGCAUGACGUCAGCGGUGUGAACGGGCACGCCGGCACGCCCACCAGUGUGAACGCCCCUCCUGGCAACGACUCGGAGCACUCCCCCAGGGACGAGGUCGUCAACACCGAAUACGGGGCCAGCCCAGGAGAGGGUGUGAAGGCGACGAACGGUGUGGAUGGGCCCGGUGCGCCUGCCGAGGACGGUGUGAACAGGACCAGCGUGACUGGAGUUUCAGAGAUGGACGGUGUGAAUGGGGCCUCGGACACCGCUGGUGUGAACGGGCGUGGUGUGAACGGGAUCCCGACAGGGAAGGAGGCGCCCGGUGGUGUGAAUAUGCACGGCCCCGAGACUUCCAGGGUUGAGAGCGACUCGACGGCAGCGCUGCCGCUGCACACGGAGAACGGGAGCAGCGGCCAGAUGGGGGGGGCGUGGCAGAAGGUGGCGGCAAAGACGCUGGCUGACGUGGGCGGGGUACAGAAGUGGCUCGAGCACGUGGGGCUAGGCCGGCUGGUCGGCCUCUUUACCGAACACGAGGUUGUCGACGACGCACUCCCCCACCUGACGUCAGACGACCUCAAAGAAAUGGGCGUCAAGGCGGUGGGCACUCGGCGGCUCAUCCUCAAUAACAUCGAGUUGCUCAAGCAGGGCGUAUUAGGCGAGGCGCAGGAGAGUGUCAGCCAGUAGAACGAUAAGUCGACUGGGAGUACGAGGCAAAGCCGCUAGGAAUGAUUUAACCACAGGUUUUUGUUACGGGCCUUGCUUGAGAAAGUCAAGCGGGGCGCGGAUUCGUCGGAUGUAUUGGCAGUACGUGAGCAAAUGCUGCAUCAUUGCAGGAGCUAUGUAGGCUAAGUAGUGCUUAUUACAGGACGGUUGUUCUACAAGCGGACAUUCCAGACGGUGUGGAACCGUGCGGUAGGUUGGGCGAAGG